GCGGUAUCUUUGAUUCAAAAUCUUUAGCAUGGCCCAAUCAGACCUUACACUGGAGAGCCUUGCCGCUCGUGUUGUUGAUUUGACAACUACUCUAACCACUGCGCUUCAGGAACGCAACAGUCCGCAGCCAUCAUUCUCUGAAGAUGCCCCCGACCUCCUUUCGCCUGCUCCUGAGGUGCAGGGUCCUCGAUUACAGCUUGUCGAAACUCUGACGAGAAUGCUACAUCUAGCUACUGGGCCAACUGAAUACCUGAUUCAGCAGUGUCUUUUUCCCAAUGCCGACGGACUGAUUCUGGACUUUCUCAAUCGGUUCGAUAUCUGGCAUCUUGUUCCGCUAAAUGGUUCUAGCAGCUAUGCUGAGAUUGCCGCUGCUAUCCAGCUUCCCGAAGUGACAGUCCGUCGAUUCUUGAAGCAAGCGCUCACCAUGUUCUUUUUCCUUGAGGAAGCGCCCGGGUCAGAUCGCAUCGUGCACUCAGCAGCAUCUGCGUACGUUGCUCGCGACGCCGCCAGGAGUGCAUUCAUAGGACACUGCAUGGAAGACGUGCGUCCCGCUGCUGCAGUCGGAGUAGACGCUCUUCAGAAGUUUUACGUCGGACAUAAGACACAUAGCGAGGAAGAAGAGCAUUGUCCCCAAUAUUUGGCAAGCGACAGAGGGAAGGUCCGUGGAAAGGCCUACUGGGCGUUUGCCGAGUCGUAUGAAGAGCCUGGGAGGCCGAAAGGAUAUCGUGCCGAGCGAUUUGCUUUGGCCAUGAAGGCAUUAUCUCAGACGCAACUGACGGCCCAGGUACUCGAAAAAUUUGACUGGGAAAGUCUUGGAAAUGCGACCGUGGUAGAUGUUGGCGGAUCGACGGGUCACAUCAGUCUUCUACUUGCAAAAGCCCAUCCUAAGCUGAAACUGAUUGUUCAAGACUUUCCAGAUGUCGAACCCAGUUUUAAUGAGGUAAUAACUUCAACCGAACACGCAUCACGCAUCUCAUUCAAUGCGUACAAUUUCUUCGAACCACAAACUCUCACAGCCGAUGCCUACCUAUUCAAGUCGAUUUUCCAUGACUGGUCCGACAAAUACGUAGUGCAGAUCUUACGGAACUUACUUCCGGUGCUCAAGUCUGGAGUGCACAUCAUCAUUUUUGACAAUAUUAUUCCCCCAGAUUAUGACGAGCAAGGCAAGCCCGUAGUACCGCUCUCGACCCGAAGACUUCUUGGAGCUGUCGAUUUACAGAUGUUUGUAAAUCACAAUUCGAAAGAGCGAAAGGCGUCAGAUUGGACCGAAGUUGUCAAGCGUGCAGAUAGCCGCUUCGACCUGAAAGGAUUCUAUACCGUGGUUGGAUCACCAAUGGGAAUUAUAGACAUUGUCUUCAACGCAUAGACGCAUAGCACGAGAUGAAUAUUGACGUCUUAAGAUUUCUCCGU